CCAACCAUGGCAAAGCCAACACGCGGGUCCCAUCCAUAAGGCCUAGCCCGAGCUGGAAAAAUUUACCCUGCCUGUCUUCGUUCAUCAGCUUAAUUUACCGGCUUAUGCCGCGCCUCCGCGCCUCUGCCUGUCCACCUUUCUUUGAGCUCUUGUCGUUGUCGUUGGCCAGCCUCGAUCCUCGGUGCCAAAGUUUGUGCCGCGGCGGAUCGUCUCCUUCUCAUAUACCAUCGGUGAAGGAGCUAUGUAAGGACUAUAGACAAGAGAUACGUUGUGCCCGAGGCUGGUUGCCACUGACGGCAUCGAACAAUGUUACCUUUGCCUCCAACCAUGGCUCCAACAGAUCCGACGUCUCGGUGCCAGCGGCCCAUUGCCUCUGAAGGGAUUGAAUUGUGUUUCAUCGAUCGCAGGACUCUCAUAUGGCUACCUCAGACGGACUUGAGGGCGUUUUGCCGGCUGACCAUAGCCUCUGGAAUGUCCCUUUUCCCUCAAUGCCCAGAAGUUUCUCG